AUGAAAGUCCCAUACACCGUCAGCCUUCUUCUAGGAGCUGUCUCAGUCGGCGCCCACAAACCCGCCGAGUACUCCUACGAAUCGACUCAGGAGAACCGUCCUGACAUCAGCGGUCUGGUCUCCGGGGCAAUCCAAUGGCAGUCACCCCCCGUGAAUUCAACUUUGCUCGAUGUGAAAAGAUUUCAUGUGUCUUGCGCCGGCAACAAACGGGGUCACAAUUGUGAAUAUGCCACUGACGGCAAGAGCAACACAUACUGGGAGAGUGACAACCUUGGAAACGGGCCACCUUGGAUCUCAAUUGAUCUCGAAUCGGUGCAUAAUGUCAGUGGCCUGACGAUGCUGCCGCGCUUGGAUGAGAGUGCCACGGAGGGUCAGAUCUCCAAACAUUAUGUUUGGUUGAGCAAAGAUGGGCGAGACUGGGGCGAGCCGGUGGCUUACGGAGCUUGGGGUACAAACAAGGGCAUGAAACUCGCUGCCUUCAAUCCCACGCCCGCGCGCUACGUGCAGCUUGUCGGUGAUACCCAGGAGCUCUACCCUGGACGGUAUGCACCUGCUGCUAUUGUCAACAUUGGUAUCUACGCUGCCGACUAUGCUCUCCCGAUUGAGCCUGGCAAGGGUGCUUGGGGUCCGACGCUCGAUUUGCCCGUUAUUCCAGUUAGCGCUGCCCAGGAGAAGAACGGUCAGAUCAUUGUCUGGUCUGCUUGGGCAGAUGACCAGUUCUUUGCUUCACCCGGUGGCAAAACACUCACUACGACAUGGAACCCCAAAACGAAGACAAUCGAGCAUACUGUGGUCGCUAACACUCACCAUGACAUGUUCUGCCCGGGCAUGUCCAUGGACUUUGACGGAAACAUCGUCGUGAGCGGUGGUGGCGACGCAGGUCGAACGAGUAUUUUCAACGGAUUGCAGUGGGAGUAUGGUCCCGACAUGCGUAUGCCUCGUGGAUACCAUGCAACGACUACUCUGUCUGACGGCAGGAUCUUCGCCAUCGGUGGCUCUUGGAGCGGUGGCAACAAGGUCGAGAAGAACGGCGAAGUGUACAAUCCUAUCAAAAAAAGUGGUCGGUGGCGUGCCGAUAACCACGCCUGGCUGUUUGGGUGGAAAAACGAAAGCAUUUUUCAGGCCGGUCCCAGCGCUAGAAUGCACUGGUAUACCGUCGAAGGAAAGGGUACCACCACAGAGGCCGGACGGCGCGGAGAUGACCUGGACUCCAUGUCGGGUAACGCUGUCAUGUUUGACGCCGUUCGGGGCAAGAUUCUUACCUUUGGAGGCCAGACAUCCUACGACGGCUCUGACGGGUCUAAGAACGCCCAUGUUAUUACCUUGCACACCCCGCUUCAGGACCCUGAUGUGCAGAUUGCCGGCCGGGGUUCCGGCGGCGGCAUGAACUACCCCCGAGUCUACCAUACGUCCGUGGUUCUUCCCGAUGGCAAAGUCUUCAUUGCAGGUGGCCAGGCCUGGGGAAAGCCAUUCAACGAGAAUACCGCUCAGUUUGUGCCGGAACUUUACGACCCGCAGACGGAUACUUUCGAACCCCUGAAUGGCCACAAUUUUGUCCGAGUCUACCACAGUAUCUCAGUGCUGCUGCCAGAUGCCACCGUUCUAAACGGCGGGGGUGGUCUCUGUGGCAACUGCUCUGCGAAUCAUUACGACGCACAGAUCUUCACUCCCCCUUACCUGCUCACUCCCAGUGGAGAAAGGCGAGAGCGUCCUGAGAUCUUGUCCGCUGAUUCCAGAGUCAGCGUGGGUGAGGUUUUGACUUUCAAGACCGACACCCUCAUUGGAUCGGCUUCUCUCGUUCGACAAGGAACCACUACUCACACUGUCAACACUGACCAGCGUCGUGUGCCACUUGCUGUCCAUGCCCAUGAAGGCAACAUCUACAGUGCGCAGCUCCCUGACGACUCUGGCAUCUUGCUCCCCGGGUGGUACAUGCUGUUUGCCAUUGCCGACGAUGGCACGCCUAGUGAAGCUUCCAUGGUCAAGAUCGAGCUACCUGAAUAUGCAACCUAUGCGCUUGAAGAAAUGCAGGAGGAUGAUGUUGAUGCCGAGUUGGAAAGCCAUGUCUACAGCGAGGACUGCGAGCACGAAGAGGUGCCAACACCUUUUGCUUCUAUACUUUCCUCGCCUGGCCGAGUUUGGAAGUCGUGGAGGUCCUUCCUCCUUCUGCAGGGUUAG